AUGCAGAAAUUUAUUAUAAUCAUCACUGCCAUUUUUGCAUUAGCCCAAUGUGAUAUAUCUGGCGUGAGGGAGGCAAAUUUUCUGGCCAACAAUGUUCUCCCACCAGUUAAAACUUAUAAUUUAAACAAACACGCGCUUGUCAUUGAAACAACUGGCCCAGAAGGAAAAUACCCUGGAAGACCAAAGGAGUUUUCAGGAUAUGAUGCAAUCCUUCCGUCAAGGAAUUAUCUCCCUGUAGCUUCCUCAACUCCUGGACCAAUGUACCUCCCACCAGCGAGGCCAACAUACACCACAACUACGACUACCCCAAGGAGUAUUAGCAUGAAACCUCUUCCGAACAUCACGUACAUCCCUGUCCCAAUAACAAUGCGACCAAUUCCAACCAGGAGCUACUCCUUUUCACCCAGACCGAUAACAACUACAACCCAGAGAGGAUACGUCUACAAUGCUCCGUCAUUGAUAAAUAAUCCUUUUGCAUUUUAAGUGUCUCUCAA